AUGGAUUCGGGGGAUACUGAUGGCCGUCCCUUGAAAAAGAGACGAUUUUUCGUCGACGAAGACGUGGACACCAGGCCUCCAGCCACUGACUCUACGGCUGACUGCCUCGACGCGUCUACACCUCGGUUCACUCACGAUGAUCAGCCGCCGGUCGUUCGGUCCCAUGGCGUACAGCUUGGCGAUGCAAUAUUUUCGGUAGAUGGAGAGGAAAAUGAAUACAUACGAGACGAUGAUCAGCAGACCGCGAGCUAUACUUCGCCACGAGAACAAGAAGCAGAAACCGCCGGAGAUACUAUAGGGAGAGGGUCAGCAUUUACGACACAAAAUGGUGCAGUACCAGAAAAGCAGGAGGAGAGAGCGACGGCAGAAAACACAUCAGCACAAGAGGGUACAGAUGGAUUUGACACGGAGGUCUUCAUUAGUAUCAUCGGGGAGCAACUCUCGCCAGACGCGAUACGCAAGAUUCGGAGUGUAGCUGGCGAUGACCUGGAGAGGGCAAUUAAUGUUUACUUUGAUGGGUCAUGGAAGUCCCCCUCUGGUAGCGCAAAGAACCAAACCAUGCUGACAUCCCAACAAACGCUGCCCACACGGUCUACGCCUGUUAUUCGGACAUCUAUGUUUGGGAAUUUUGGGAAUGGGCUAGGAAGGAAGCGGAGUAGUGCUCCGGCUGAAAUUGCACCCCAACAUACCUCCCAGCCCUUGGUGAGAUACGUCGGUGCCUUCGGCGUAGGAGCGUGGGCGACUCGGAGUGGAGUGGGGUUUAUCAAACAUGGAGAUCGUGUUAACAUUGAGCGUGCAAGAUCUCAGCCAGUCUCGAAGCGUGGUCGUGGUGGGAGAGUUUUCACAAACAAUAGGGGCGACGUUUUAACUCGCUUCACCAAUCAGUCUGGCCAGGAAAUUGGAAGACUUCCUCAGGAGACAGCGGCAUGGGUAUCGACUUUGCUUGACCAAAAAGUCUGUAAGCUCGAGGGAGUCUGUGUAUUCGCACCGGAUAGAAUCCGCGUGAACGACACAAUAUACCUGCAACUAUGGUGUUACUUACGCAUAGAGGCGUUUCAAUCUGGCAUUCUGGAUAGCUCAAUCGAUGAUAAUCGAUCGACAACCAUCUUCGAAGAGAAAGAAAGCACUGAGGAGAAGCGGCUACGACUUCGCCAGGUCGCUCUGGUGAAGCUCUUCGAUGAGAUCGGUCUGCAACCGACCUCCGCCAACGACAUGACCCUGAAACAUAAGAAAGAAGGUUUGCUGCGUGCAGUGGAAAUAGCAGAACAGUACGAUAAAAAUAAAAGAGAGAACAAAUCGAAUAACGACUCAUCUGAAGACGAAGAGUCCCCGGAACUAGAGGAAGAUCAACUUGAUACUUUAUACAAGAAGGCCCAGACUUUCGAUUUCAGUAUGCCAGAGGCCGAGCCUCCACCAACGUUCUCGUUGAAACUCCGAAAAUACCAGAAGCAAGCCCUUCACUGGAUGUUAGCCAAGGAGAAAGAUAAUAAGUCCGCUAGAGGUCCAUCAAUGAACCCGCUGUGGGAAGAAUAUGCCUGGCCAAACAAAGAUGUUGAGGAUCACAACCUUCCGACUAUUGAGGGACUCGAUCACUUCUACGUCAACCCGUAUUCCGGAGAGCUUAGUCUCGACUUCCCAGCACAAGAACAGCACUGUCUUGGAGGCAUUUUAGCUGAUGAAAUGGGCUUGGGUAAAACCAUCGAGAUGCUUAGUCUUGUUCACUGUCAUAGAAACCUGCCUCCCGGCCAAGCAGCAGAUGGCCCAAGCUCCGUCUCCGGCCUAGCAAGGUUACCCUCCUCGACCUCUGGCGUGGUACCCGCUCCUUACACUACUCUUGUUGUCGCUCCCACCUCUCUUCUUUCGCAGUGGGAGAGUGAAGCCCUGAAAGCCUCUGAACCAGGUUCAAUGAAGGUCCUGAUGUACUAUGGUAACGAGAAGUAUGUCAACCUCAGAGAGCUGUGCGCAUCAGGUAACCCUACUGCUCCUAAUGUAAUAGUCACGAGCUACGGAGUUAUCCUCUCAGAAUAUCGACAGAUGUUGUCGUCAGCGACAUUCUCGACUGCUACGCCAGGUGGCUUGUUUUCGGUAGAAUUCUUCCGUGUCAUUCUUGAUGAAGCACACCUUAUCAAGAAUAGGCUGUCGAAGACUGCGAGAGCUUGUUACGAGCUUAAAGCGACUCACCGAUGGGUCCUCACCGGGACACCUAUCGUUAACCGCUUGGAGGAUUUGUUCAGCUUAGUACGAUUUCUCAAGGUCGAACCGUGGAAUAACUUCUCCUUUUGGAAAACCUUCAUCACCGUGCCUUUCGAGUCUAAAGACUACGUACGGGCCCUCAAUGUGGUACAGACCGUUCUUGAGCCUUUAGUCCUCCGACGUACCAAGACGAUGAAAACCCCAGAAGGGGAGCCUCUAGUACCAUUGCCACGUCGGACCAUUACAAUUGAGGAGGUCGAACUCCCAGAGCAAGAAAGAGAGAUUUAUGAUUAUAUCUAUACCCGAGCAAAACGUACAUUCAACGAUAACAUCGAGGCAGGUACCUUGCUGAAAUCGUUCACGACGAUCUUCGCUCAGAUUCUCCGGUUACGCCAAACAUGCUGCCAUCCAAUUCUAACCCGCAACAAAGCCAUCGUAGCAGACGAAGAAGAUGCAGCGGCGGCAGCCAACGAUGGCAACGGGCUCAAGGAUGACAUGGACCUACAGGAGCUUAUAGACCGGUUCACAACAGCCACCGAACCAGCAGACUCUAACCAAGGCCAGGAAACCUCCAACAAAUUCACCACCUACGCUCUGAAACAGAUUCAAAACGAGUCCAGCGGCGAAUGUCCCAUCUGCUCGGAGGAACCCAUGAUCGACCCAGCAGUAACCACCUGCUGGCACAGCGCAUGCAAAAAAUGCCUAGAGGACUAUAUACGCCACCAAACAGACAAGGGCAACUCUCCCCGAUGUUUCUCAUGCCGCGCACCAGUAAGCAACAGAGAUAUCUUCGAAGUCAUCCGCCAUCAAUCACCAACCACCACACCCCCAGAAAACGACAUAUACAGCAGCACUCCUCUAUCCAACACCCAACCCGCACCUCGAAUCUCUCUCCGCCGCAUAAACCCCCUCUCCCCUUCCGCCCACACUUCCGCCAAAAUCCACUCCCUCAUCAACCACCUCAGCCGCGUCCCAUCCAACACCAAAUCAGUCGUCUUCUCCCAAUUCACCAGCUUCCUCGACCUAAUCGCCCCGCAACUCGACAAAGCCGGCAUCCCCUACGUCCGUCUCGACGGAACAAUGGCCCAAAAAGCCCGAGCCGAAGUGCUCGUCCAGUUCAACAAAACCGAAACCUUCGACCAAGAAGAAAUCGAAGAUGCAGAGGGAGAAGACGACUCUAAUAGCCCCUUCCCCAGAAAAUUACUACCGACUAGAAAGGGCCACACAUCGGCGAGGCCCAGUCCCAGGGUUCUUCUCAUCAGUCUUCGGGCCGGUGGCGUGGGUCUCAAUCUCACGGCGGCUAGUAAUGUGUUCAUGAUGGAUCCGUGGUGGAGCUUUGCCAUCGAGGCCCAGGCUAUUGAUCGCGUUCAUCGCAUGGGCCAGUUGAGGGAUGUAGCUGUCACACGGUUUGUUGUUAAGGAUUCGAUCGAGGCGAGGAUGUUGCAGAUACAGGAGCGGAAGAUGAAUAUUGCUGGGUCGUUGGGGUUGAGAGUUGGGGGAGAUGGGAACGAGGAUAAGAAGGAGAGGAUUGAGGACAUUAAGAUGCUGUUUGAAUAG